AGGGGGUUCCCAGCAUCACUUGGCCUCCCGCUCUCUGUCCCCCUGCCGGGUGCAGGGACCAUGGCUGGGAGAGGACCGCCCUGGACGUGGAUGGUCGGUGCCCUGCUCACAGCUCUCCUUCUGCGGGUGACAGAACCUGUUCUUGCAAAUGCUGGUGCCGCCUGCAACAAAGCCCCUGCCGCCGGGGCCUCUGGGGGCGCCCGGGACCUCGGAACCGGGACCAGACAGGGCACCCGGGAGAACGACAGCAGCAGCCGCAUCAUCAACGGGACAGACUGCCCGGAGCACACCCAGCCCUGGCAGGCGGCGCUGCUGCUGAAACCCAACCAGCUCUACUGCGGGGCGGUGCUGGUGGACCGGCAGUGGCUGCUCACGGCCGCCCACUGUCGGAAGAAAAUUUUCAAAAUCCGUCUCGGCCACCGCUUCCUGUCGCCCAUGUAUGAACACGGGCAGCAGCUGCUCCGAGGGGUCAAAUCCAUCCCCCACCCUGGCUUCUCCCACCCUGGCCACACCAACGACCUGAUGCUCAUCAAACUGAACCGAAAAGUCAUGGAGACGCAGAACAUCAAGCCCAUCAACAUCUCCUCCCACUGUCCAGCCGUCGGCACCAGCUGCUUGGUGUCUGGCUGGGGGACAACCAGCAGCCCCCAGGUGAACUUCCCCAAGGUCCUCCAGUGCCUGAACAUCACCGUGCUGAACCACGAACGGUGCCAGCAGGCCUACCCGCACCAGAUAGACAACACCAUGUUCUGCGCCGGCGACGAGGCGGGCAGAGACUCCUGCCAGGGUGAUUCCGGGGGCCCCGUGGUCUGCAACGGCACCCUACAGGGCCUGGUGUCCUGGGGGGACGUCCCCUGUGCUCAACCCGACAAGCCCGGGGUCUACACCAACCUCUGCAUGUUCACCAAGUGGAUCCGGGACACCAUACGGGCCAACUCAUGAGUCAUCCCAGGCCCCGGCGUGCAGGAGACCCCCACACCCUGCACGUCCUCACCGGUGCAGGGACCUGACACUCCUUCCAGACACCCCCCCCUACAGCUUCCCGAGGAUGCUGAGCAUGUAACGUCCAGCCCCCCGAGUUACCAGGGCCUCCCUCCCCUGACAGUGGACCGGUCCUAUCUCUGCAGUUGGCUCCCGGGGGCGUGUCCUCCAAAGGCCAGAAAUAAAGCGCCCAAGGAGAA